AACCAAAAAUUUUACCCAAUUCGAACCAGCUUGUUGAAAUGCUCUUGAAACCAAGCAUUCUGCUAUACAUAUUUAUAUAUGUGUGGUGAAUUUAUAAAGAAAAAGAAAAGAGAAAGAGAAAGAAAUGAUCUCUGCACAUCAUGCAGAUAGAUUUAGUUAAAUGGGAGCAGGGCUUCAUGCUUUUCUUACCUCCACACUUGUUAUACAUUUAAACUCGCAUUCUUCCUCCUCCUUGAUUUCUACCACUCUCAAAAGGGGUAUUUGGUAAAGAGGCUUUUGAGUUAAAUCAUGGGGAGACCUCCUUGUUGUGACAAGCUGAAUGUGAAAAGGGGCCUUUGGACGGCAGAGGAAGAUGCAAAGAUACUUGCUUAUGUAUCCAAGCAUGGGACUGGAAACUGGACCGCCCUUCCCAAGAAAGCAGGACUUAGGAGAUGUGGAAAGAGUUGUAGGCUUAGGUGGACUAAUUACCUGAGGCCUGAUCUCAAGCACGACAACUUCACACCCCAGGAAGAGGAGCUCAUUGUCAGGCUUCAUGCAGCCAUAGGUAGCAGGUGGUCUAUCAUAGCCCAACAACUUCCAGGGAGAACUGAUAAUGAUGUGAAAAACUACUGGAACACCAAGCUAAGAAAGAAGCUCUCUGAAAUGGGAAUAGACCCUGUUACUCAUAAGCCAUUCUCUCAAAUUUUAGCUGACUAUGGAAACAUUGGUUGCCUUCCAAAAUAUGGAACUAGAAUUGGGUCUCUCACUAGAGACAUUAAGAAUGCUUUUAUCUCCAAACCUGCAGAGCGAUGUCCAUACCAACCAGAAGGAAUUAUUGCAAACAUCAGCAACCAUUUGGUGCCCCCUAAAGUGGAACCAAUCCAAGAAUGUUUCUUGAACAGUAAAAACACUAUCAGUAAUAGCAACCACUCAUUGGAUCUUCUUGAUCAACUUCAAGCUAUAAAACUGGUGACGGAAGCCUCGAGUUGCUCCAACUAUGAGAUCAUCUCAGAUCAGUUCCUUAAAGAAGGCUCAUUGUCAUCAUCAUCAUCCUCUUCUUCUUCAACUUGCUCAACUGCAAACCGAGAAAAAUCCACACCAAGCUUUAGUUGGCGUGAUUUUCUUCUUGAAGAUGCAUUUAUGCCAAGUGAUCAUUCUCAAGAAAAAGAAAACGCGACGGAGCUUUCAUCAAAUUACUUAACUAGCCAAGCACAGAAGGUGAUAGCACAAGGUCAAAUUGGCAGCGAGGUCACUAUGAGAGGCGAUGUUGGAGCUGAAGGAAUAGAAUUGGCAAUUCCCAGCACUAGCUUCCAACUCCCACCUUCCUCUCAUACUUCUUCGUUCGUUGAAGCCAUGUUAGAUCAAGGAAACGAGAAUUUCUUGGAUUUUCCUAACCUAGUAGAGGAGCCAUUCUCCUACUAAGUUAAUUACUUUCAAGUCAAAAAGAAUUAAAGCCGAACUUGGAAUAAGCUAUAGGUUUUCCAUGACAAGGAUGUAUUUCUUGUAUGCCUUUUAAUGGGUUCUAAUUUCAAUCUGCAGUGGACAUUGAAAGGCUAAGAUCUAUUGCUAUCAUUCUGUUAAUUAACAAGUUAAUUUCAUUUA